AUGGGUCUAGCAACGCCGUCAGACCGCCGCCCCGUCGUUGUCUCUGGACCUUCGGGAGUCGGAAAAGGAACGCUGUGUAAAAUGCUCUUCGAAGCACACCCAGGCACAUUUGCCUCUACUACAUCGCACACAACGCGCAAGUCCCGACCAGGAGAAGUUGAGGGCAAGGACUACUUCUUUGUCUCUCGGCAGAAUUUCUCUGCCCUUGUCUCUCAGAACGCCUUUGUGGAACACGCAGUCUUUAGUGGCCACAACUACGGCACAAGCAAGCAGACUAUUGCAGAACAGAACGCGAAGGGCCUCAUAGUCGUGCUCGAUAUCGAUAUGCAAGGUGUUCAGCAAAUGAGAUCGGAUCCUGACAUUGAUGCGCGCUAUGUCUUCGUUAAGCCGCCAAGUUUUGAGACGCUCGAGAGGCGGCUCAGAAGUCGCAGUACGGAGAGUGAGGAAGACAUCCAGAAAAGACUAGCACAGGCUAGGGUCGAGCUCGAAUAUGCCGACAAGCCAGGCGUACAUGAUCAAAUUAUCGUGAACGAUGGUCUUGACAAAGCAUAUGCAGAAUUCGAGCAGUUUGUGUACAAAGUAUAA